CGUGUACACGUAUUUUCGCGAUUUUUCGUGUGUGUAAAUUGUGACACGAUAAAUUGGUAAAUGGUAAGGUGGUGAGCCGUGAGCUGGUGAGGUGAGUAAGAGUAUAAGAGGCAAGAGCAAAAGCGAGCAAAGAGAGACACAAAACGGGAUAAGUACAAGAGCAAUGAGCAAAUCACCAAAAGAGAGAGAGCUUCGCAUGUGAAACGAAACAGUUAAACCGUAUAAGAAAUAUACAUCAGCGCCAGCAGCAGUAUCAGCACACUCGCAGCACUCACAGCUCACAGGCAGCUGCGGUUGUAGUCCGCAUCGUCAUCGAAAAAAGAGGCUCUACCUACUUAUACUACAAGCAAGAGCAUCAGCAGCAGCAUCAUAAUCGUCGUGCCGUUGAUAUUUCACACACACACGCACACACAUAUAUCCAUAUAUAUAUAUAUAUAGAAGUACAGUGUCCAAGGUGCCACACUAUCGAGCUGUUGACGACGGCUCGACGCCGCGGCCGACCCGCCGCGACGUCUUCCCCAAGAGCAUUAGCAAUCAGCUCGUCUAGCAGCAGCGCUGUUGUCGUGAGCGGACGAGUUUCCAGGAGACGGCAACAACCAGUCUACAACACAUCGGCGCUGUUGUUGCUACAACAUCAGAAUUGGAGACCAGGAGGAGGAGGCAACUGCAGUAACUCGACGACGAACUACAGAGGACUCAGUAAAAUGGCCGACGCUCUGGCCCAGAACCCAAUGAUGUGCCGGUAUUUCAGAAAUGGAGGCUGUCGGGAAGGCAGUAAUUGCAGAUACAAACAUGCACAUGGCUCUAGAACCGAGACAUCUUCUAGUGAGUCAGGAAGUUCACAAGGCUCCUCAUCUUCUUUACAACAGUGCAAAUUUUUCAAACAGGGUCUAUGCAGAUUUGGAAACCGAUGUCGGUUUGUUCACAGUACCAAUAACCAGUUAGAAAGCUCUAGCCCUGAAGCUACUUCAAAUUGUUCAUUGGCAGACAAAAAUUUCAGCAUAGAUACUAGUUUGGAUGCAGAGGAAUGGGUGAAUGCUCCAGAAUUCGUGCCAUUUUCGGCAAACCCGAGCGCAAAUGCCUCCUUUUCAAUGGAUAAUUGUGCGUCUGGCACGACAGCGCCUCUGUCAUAUGCCCAGGCCGUCAAUCCCAACUCCGGCCAAAAUUCUAGCCAAGCAUCGUUCUCCUCUCAGGAUCCACUGUGUCCGUAUGCCGAAGCCACGGGUAUUUGCAAAAGAACAAACUGUACAUAUCUGCACGGCGAAAUUUGCGACAUGUGCAGUAAACCUGCCCUUCAUCCAUAUAACGAGGAAUUAAGAAAGAAGCACACAAAUGCAUGUAUGAAGCAACACGAAAUCAACAUGGAAUUGUCAUUUGCUAUUCAACGCAGUCGAGAAAAGUCUUGUGGCGUGUGUUUCGAAACGAUCAUGGAGAAGUCAUCCCACGAGCAAAGGUUCGGUAUUCUUCCGAAUUGUAACCACUGUUUCUGCUUAACAUGCAUCAGAAAGUGGCGUAAAGCUAAGCAGUUUGACAAUAAAAUCAUCAGAGCUUGUCCGGAAUGUCGCGUUCCUUCAGAUUUUGUCUGUCCCAGUGUGUACUGGGUGGAUACUAAAGAAGAUAAAGACAAACUUAUCACGGAUUACAAGGAUGCAUUAAGUACCAAAGAUUGCAAGUAUUUCAACAAAGGUUCAGGAAAAUGUCCCUUUGGAAACAAGUGUUUCUACAUGCAUGCUUUACCAGAUGGCACAAAGACGGAUGUGGGUCCUCCAGUUCGACAUCGUCGCAAUGGUGAUAAUGAACUUGAUUUGUUCCACCAACUUCUACUCUGGGACUUUGUGGAUGAAAGAGAUAAUUUUUGGAUGUACAUGGAUGAUUUGCAAGAUAUUGUCAAUAUAGUGUCAGAUUCUGAUGAUUCUGACUGGUCCGAGUACGAUCUUUACCUCGACUAGUCUCCUACUUUUCUGCACGUCAUCGAGAUGCAUUGCCAGCAAAUUUUUGCGUAGCCUUUGUCUUGUCUAAACGACCGAAAACUAGCGAAAUGAGAGGACCUCCGAUAUACGAUAAAUUAUUUUAAAAGAUUAUAAGAAGCUAAACUAUUCCGAGGAUCACCGCCUGCUGCUGCAAUAACAUGAUACAUAUAUGUGUUGAAAACCUUAUUAACUUACGAAAAAAAACUGUGCCACGUUAUAAUGCAAAGGUUGGAUCUAUUUAUUCGGUACAAUUGAAUAGCACUACACGCUUAUAAGAGGCGCUUACUUAAUACUAAUAUGGAUAAAAAUGUUAUCAGACACAAAUGAAACCAUGUCACUGAAAGAAAAAAAGACUUGACAAAAAACUGAUUGUUCAGAAUACAAAGGUGAUGUUGGCCUGCUACUCUGGCAAGUUUUAUAAAAUAGUUAUUGUUGACGUUGUUAAAGUAAUGAUGUACCUGUUAUUAACUCGAAGAAUUGUUACAUUCUUUUCUAAUUUAUUUAUUUUUUUUGAAAAAUUUACGUGAGACUUUUGUUAAUUAUCACUGAAAAAAAAAAUCUUGCAUAUUAAUGUUAUAUUGCUUAAAGCGAGAGUAGCAGAUUGACAUCAAGUUUCUCGUUUAAAUAAAAGUAAUAAUUCGGGAAAAAGUGAAAGAGGUUCGCUCGUUCGUUCACAUACACAAUGACGGGUGUUUUGUCUAGCGAGUUAACUUAGCUUUCUGCUGAUCUUUUCUUUUUUUAGAAUAAUUAUAACAAGAAAUACAUAUAUGAGAAACACAAAAGAAUGUAAUUAAAAUGUAAACUGAGAUAAUUUAAAGAUAAGUUUUUGCUCGCUCUAAUUAGUUUGAUAUGAAUCAACUGCGAACCUAGCACACACAUUUCCAGAAUAAAAAGAAUGAAAAACCGUAAUCGAUAAAUUUAAAUUUACCCAAGGCUGUGUAUUCAUGCACAGUUUGUCUGCGUGUUUUAGAUAUUAAUUUGUACAUUUAGCCAAGUUCGAUGAAAAAGAAAAACAUUGAUGGUUGGCUUUUGAAUUCGUUUUCUUACAAUGAUAUAUUUUUGUUAAUGGAAGUAAUAAAAUAGUUCAUGUGCUCCACGAACAAAGAUACAAAUUUUUAUCACAUAUUUUUUAGCGCUAUCGUUUAAAGUAAAAUAGACAAAAACAGUUAGGCAUAGUGCCGUUUUUUUAAAUUAACUUUUAAUAAGGCACUAAAAACUACAAAUCAGUGAGGAAAAAAAAACUAGCUCUACUGUUGAGUAAAAAAUAUUUCUUAUUUGUAGCUCCUUUUUCUCAUAAAUUAUUUUUAGAGAUCAAAUGAAUAUCAGAAAAUAUAUAAGAGUACGUACAUUUUGCUUGAUGAAUCUUUGGCAUUUAACGGUGCCGUUACAAAUCUUUCAAAUAAGGUACAUACAAUCGAUACGAUGCAUCAGUUAUAAAUUAAGGCCACAUAUUAUUUUCAUGCUCGUGGCAGUGAUACGUUACGUUGAAAAAUCGUCUUAAAUGUUAAAUCCGAUAUUAUUUUAAAUAAAAUUUUUGCUUGCUUUAUUUAAUAAAAAGUGAAAAUCGAUACCCUGA